AUGACAACAUGUCCUGAAACAGUUUGGUCCCUAGCUGCGCAGAGGACAGCCCCGCCGGUGCUGCAGAAUUUGCACGAGCACAGCAACAAAGGCACUAGGCCAGCAGCGCCCAGCGUGUUGCCGACGGCAAACGGCGCAUCGGCGGCAACCAAAAAGUCUGCAAAUGACAAACCGAAGCUGCACGUGCGAGUGGAAUGCGCCCACGAUCUUCGAAAUAUGGAUUUCGGUGCAUUCUUUGGCAACAAGUCGGACCCCUAUGUGGUGGUGCGGUUCGGAGCCGAAGAGAAAAAGACACCUGUCAUCGAUGACAACUUGGAUCCAGUUUGGCACGAGGGCAGGGAAUUCACCUUCACGAUCCCGGAGGAACCUCCCACUUUGAUCGAACUGGAGGUCUUCAAUUCAAAUACCUUCGUGGAUGACACCUUGGGAAAGACUUCCAUCGCUUUCAGUACGAUCCCUGCCACCGGGCAAUGGCUCCAUCGCAGGGAUCCAUUGGUGGGAAAGUCCAUGGUGACACCUGCGCAGGGUGAGUUGGAGUACGAGGUCAUGCUGGAUGCCAAGGCAUCCUCCGGCCGCCAUGGCCCAGCGGCUCGUGGGUCGACGGCACGUGCCGUGGGACCGGGAAUGCCAGCACCUCCUCCUGAGGAUAUGGAGCCAGGAGCAUACAAGGUGACAAUGAGCACCGCGGUGUAUCGGACCUCCACCAAGUGCACCGAUCGCGACGUCGUAGCGCACGUGGAGCAGGGACAACAAGUUCAGGUGGAAGAGGUGAUGAAUUGUUUGUCUGAAGAACGAGUUCGGGGUCUCAUCUCAGAACCCAGAGGUUGGAUUCCACUGAUGGACACACGCGACGGCUUUCGCUGGGUGCAACAGAUUGUUCGGCAAAAGUACCUGGUGGACAACAGCUGGUUGAAAUCGCCCUGUGGUGGGUUGGCAUAUCGCUUCAGCAAGGAGGUUAAGAACAAGGACGAGCGACCUGGUGAACAGGGUGGCGCGCCUUGGAGCUCAGUGGUGGUGGGUGAAGAUCAAGGCGAUGGUUGGCUCAAGGUGGCAGAUGGUCGGCUGCUUCCUAUGAACAUCCAAGGUGUGCCAGUUCUGAAAGCCUUGGACGAUGGCCGCGGCGUAGAUCGUACCACUGCCCAGGCAGAAGACGAGCUUGACAGGUUGUACCGCGAGCUGAAUCGCCGAAUGGAAGGUGUGAAAGGCUGACCUCUAGGUGGCCAAGAUGGGAAGCGCAUGCCACGCAAAUUAGGCGUUGAUACAUGGAACAAGGGUGGAUUGACCCAGAUCCAACAUUGCCGAGGUGGUCAGAUGAAACUAGGUGAGAAAACACCCAAGAAGGCAGGACAUUGAUAUGACAUGAUAUGACAUUGAUGGGAUGGAUCCAUGGUCAAAAUGAGUCCCCAGUUGUCCUGAAGAGGUUCAAAGUAACCUGUACUCAAAGAAUCAAGCACACAAGAAGGGAGACCGGGAGAUCAUGGAAUGUCAACGUUUGCUGGAUUUUGCCGGUAUGUUGUUAGACCUUUGCUUGGCCUUUCAGCAUCAUUCAGCAAGACUUUGGCAACAUGUUUAGAACUCAAAAACGACAAAAAUGACCCUAUUUGAUAUUAUUUGAUCAUACCAGUGUGUUGUUUCCCCGUGGCUUGGGUGGUUCUAUUGGAGAAGGUUGCGAGUUCACCAAGAUAUCUUACAUCACAAUGGUUAUCUAUGUGUUUCUGAGGUUUGAAAUAUUUUGAAAUGAUUGCCAUGGUGACCAGGUGACCAUUGGACGAGACAUCCCGGGACCACUGUGGGUGUUUGGCUGCGCAGCCGCUGAGCCUCUGCCAAAGUUGCAGCAGGGCCUUGCGGAGACAGAACGUUGCUUUGGAAUGCUUUGGACAGGAUCCAGAGUCUGACGAGGGACCAGGGCCAACACUGGGGUAGCAAGAAUCCGGAAUCCAGUGGAAGUGGUCCAAUACAGCAGCGUUCCAUUUCCAGUCAAUUCCCAAACUUACCUUAUAUGGAGGUCAAUUGCAGGUCGAUUGUUUGGAGGCUCUUACAUAAAUUCAUUGCCGCUGCUCAGGGAUGUUCAUUGGAAUCAGUAUCAUCCAGUAUCUAUCUGUGGGGUGCCGGA